AUGGAAGGGAAUGAACGCAAUCGAGGAUAUCUAUCUACAGCCGAUCGUCACUAUUUACUGCAAAUAUUUAUUUUAGUGUGCAGCUUCAAAUUUGUUGCGAUAGGCACCGUCGUAGCUGCACUUGGAAUCUUUCUAGGAGUCUAUUACUCAGGACAAAAUGUACAACAAAUUGCUGUAUCUGUCCAGCACACGCUUCAAAAAUAUGGGAUUCCGAUAGGUCAGCACCGUAAGGCUGAAGAAGUGAAGGAAGAAAAACAUUAUCAUCAUCACCAAGAACAAGAAAGACCGAAACAACAAGUUGACGAAAGAGAGCGAAUGAGACAACAACAACUUCGUGAGCAGCAGGAAAGGAGGAGACAACAACAGGAACAAGAAAGAAUACGACAACAAGAGGAGGAAGAAAGAAGACGAAAACUUCUACAUGAAGAACAGGAGAAACUACAAAAAGAACAAGAACGCUUGAGAGAACAACAACAACGAGAAGAAGAAAGAAGAAGAGAGCAGCUGAAAAGAGAGGAAGAGGAGAGGAGACGACAGCAACAGCAAAAGGAAGAGGAAGAGAAGCUACGAAAACAACAGGAGGAACAGAAACGGGCAGAGGAAGAGAAAAAACGAUUGCAACAACAGAAGGAAGAGGAGGAAAGAUUGAGGCAACAAAAGCAGCGAGAGGAAGAGGAACGAAAGAGACUGGAACAACAAAGACAAGAAGAAGAGCGAAAAAAAUUACAGCAACAGAAGGAAGAACAAGAGAGGCUGAAGAAAGAGCAGGAACAACGAGAACAACAGGAGAAACAGAGGUUAGAGCAACAGCGUAUUGAAGAAGAAAAGAAGAGACAACAACAGCAACAACAACAACAACAACAACAACAUCCGCCACCACAACAGCAACAACAGCAGCAGCACCAACCACCACAACAGCAACAUCCACCACAACCACAACAACAACAAUAUCCACCACAACAGCAGCAACAACAGCAGCAGCACCCACCACCGCAACAGCAACAUCCACCACAACCACAACAACAACAACAUCCACCACAACAACGGCAACAACAGCAGCAACAACAACAACAGCAUCCACCUCCACAACAACAACAACAGAAUCCACCACAACAACAACAUCAGCAGCAGCAACAACAGAAACCACCACCACAACAACAACAACAUCCACCUCCACCACAACAACAACAAAAACAGAAUCCACCACAACAACAACAUCAGCAGCAGCAACAACAGAAACCACCACCACAACAACAACAACAUCCACCUUCACCACAACAACAACAUCCACCACCUCCACAACAACAACAACAACAACCACAACAAAAACAGCAACAGACACAGCAACAACAACAACCUCCAGCGCAACAUUGA